CGGAGAUCUGCGAUAUUAUUUAAAAAGCCCUGCAGCUCCUCCUUCCUCUCCCCCGCUCUCUCUGUUUGAGUUUUCUAUCUCGUCCAUUCUCUUAUACAUUUGAUGCGUGCCUUUUUUUUUACUUACAAGUAUCCCUGUCUAUAUGCAAGGUUGGAUAGCGGUCUCCUGAGGGAUAGGUUCCAGGAACACGUCUUGUUGCGACCAUGGGUCUCUUGAAUCUCAAAUCGGAUACCGAGAAAACGGGUUCUUCUGAAGAAAGCCAUGAUGUUUCUGCUGGCCAGUAUACGGAGGAUAACGAGAAUGUCGAGGAGGCGCAGGGUCAUGCCCUGAAGAAGGAUCUUCAAGGCCGCCAUAUGCAGAUGAUUGCCAUCGGAGGAGCUAUUGGCGCCGGUCUGUUCGUCGGCUCAGGCAGUGCAUUGUCUUCAGGUGGCCCGGGAUCCGUGUUGGUUGGAUACCUCAUUGUCAGUGUCUUGAUUUUCACAACCGUUCUAUCUCUGGGAGAGCUGGCUAUCAUGUAUCCUGUGAAUGGUGCCUUCUUCGAAUACAGUGUCCGGUUCAUUGACCCUUCAUGGGGUUUUGCAAUGGGAUGGAUCUACACUAUCAGUUGGCUGAUUACACUUCCCUACGAGUUGAGUGCCUCAGCGUUGACUAUUGGCUUUUGGCAUACUACGGUGAAUAUCGGCGUGUUUAUUACUGUGUUCUUGGUUGUCUUAAUAGGCAUUCAAUUCUUUGGGGUUCGGGGAUAUGGAGAAGUGGAGUUCUUGCUUGCGGUGAUUAAGAUCCUUGCGUGCAUCGGGUUGAUUAUACUCGGUAUCAUCAUCAACUGCGGAGGUGUACCAACUGACAACCGAGGGUAUAUUGGGGGGAGGUACUGGAGGGAUCCAGGAGCCUUUCGACAUGGCUUCAAGGGAUUCUGCGCUGUUUUUGUGAAUGCGAUCUUCUCAUUCAAUGGUACGGAAAUGGUCGGUCUCGCAGCUGCAGAGGCUGCCGACCCUCGUAAAUCACUCCCGAAAGCCGUCAAGCAGGUAUUUUGGCGUAUCACCAUCUUCUACAUCGUCAAUCUCCUCAUCGUCGGUUUGAACAUUCCGAGCGACGACUCACGACUUUUGAAUGCCUCCAACGUAAACGUCUCGGCCAGUCCCUUCGUCCUUGCGAUCCAAGAAGCCGGCAUCCCAGCACUCCCAUCCAUUAUCAACGCAGUCGUCCUCAUCUCCGUCAUCAGCGUUGCCAAUUCAUCCGCGUACGGAUCCACGCGCACUCUACAGGCCCUGGCCCUAACGGGUCGCGCGCCCCGUUUCUUUGCAUACGUAGACAAAAAGGGUCGUCCAAUCGCCGCGGUCAUCCUCCAGGUCCUCUUCGGAUUUCUGGCAUACAUCAACUGCGAUGAGUCCUCGGGAGACAAGGUAUUUACCUGGCUCAUGGCCCUGGGCACCUUAUCCUCCAUCUUCGUCUUCACCUCCGUCAAUGUGGCUCAUUUCCGCUUCCGUCGCGCAAUGAAGCUCCAGGGCCGCAGCUUCUCUGAAAUCCCCUGGAAGUCACCCGUAGGCACCAUUGGUAGCUUUAUCGGUUCUUUCCUGGGCUGUUUGUGUCUGGUCGCUGUGUUCUAUUCUGCUUUAUAUCAACCACGCGGCGUCCCCCCCGACGCGGAAACAUUCUUCGAAAACUACCUCUCCGCACCGAUCGUCAUCGCCCUCUUCGUCGGCUGGAAAAUCUACAAGCGUGAAUGGUCCCUUGGCGUUAAUCUGCGCGAGGUGGAUCUCGACUAUGGCCGGCGGUAUACAGGCACGGAACAUCUUGAGGAGACUUCGGAGCCGCAUCGUCCUAUUUGGAAGAGGGUGUUGAAUAUGGUGUUUUAGUGGGGUGUGGGUGUCCAUUCAAUAGUUUGCAGAUUAUAUCUCUCUCGUGAGUUUGUUUUGUAUCAGAGCAAUGUAGGAGUAUGCAUAUAGCUUGGAAUUUCUAGAUCCCUCGAUCACAACCCGGUUCCUG